CCUUGAGGGUAGUUUCUGUCACUAGUUAAAACGUUGGGGGAGGGGACUCGUUUAGUUGGCCCUCUUUCUAGUUCUAGUAGGAGAGCAUGGGAUCAUCGUCUCCGCCGUCUAGCCAUCACUAGCAGUAAUAACAGAAGCAGCUCCUCCAUCUUGACUGUCCAUAUUACAGGUAGUUUGCAUCUUAUUAUUAUGGUCAUUGGUCAAACAUCAUGACAAAGCUCAGGAAGCUCAAUCGUCCUACAGGUCAUCGAAUCUCCAUGCUCAGGGUACCCUUUGUGCUGCCAGGCGUGCUGCUGCCUUUGUGUGAGGGGAUGAUGUCAUUCACAAACUAUGUACAGAGCUGGCUUACCGAUACAAAGACAGGGCAGGAGGAUAUACAAGAGUACUUAGAAUUCGUAUAAGAGUUGGUGAUGCUGCACCAAUGGCAUAUAUAGAGUUUAUAGAUAGGGAGAAUGAGCUUAGGCAGUCGAAACCCCCAGCUUCACAACCACCUCAAAGGCCAGCAUUGGAUCCAUGGACAAGAUCUCAGCGUAGCAGGAGUUUUGCACCUCUUAAAGAUGUCAAAAUCGAAUACGUUUAUCGAAGCAUGUUCUCAAAGAUACAACAUCAGAUUGAAGAUUUGGAAAAAGUAUCGGGAAUUCUUAGUAGCACGGUGGAUUCAUAUCUUACAAAAUUUGUGUGGGAUGAGGCAAAGUAUCCAACCAUGUCUCCUCUUAAGGAGAUUGUGGAUGGUAUUAAUGUGCAAGUAGCUAAGAUAGAUGAUGAUCUUAAGGUACGCAUUGCUGAGUAUAACAAUGCUCACAGUCAACUCAAUGCAAUUAACAGAAAGCAGACUGGAAGGUUUUCACUUCCUGGAUGCACUUUUGUGCUGUUUGCUGAGAGCAUUUUGAGAUACGGAUUGCCACCUUCAUUUCCGUCUGUUGUGUUGUCACCAUCGGUCAAGAGUGAGAAGAAAGUCCGUUCCAUCCUUGAACUCUAUGCAGCAGUUGAAACAGAGGAUGAUGGAGGAAUGGGCAGCUUGGGUGGUGAUGCUGACACUCAUCCUUAUGUCUCCUUCACCAUUAAUCUUAUAUGAGCCUUGUGUUGUCACCAGUCUUUCUUGGUUUCAACUCAAUGAUCUCUUCUGUAUUUUAAGCUGUAUUAAUUCACUCAUGACUUUUGCUUCAUCCCGACCCUAUUUUUUUUAUUGUUAAUUGUUUUAGGAAGAUGCUAAACGGGCACCCGAUUAUCGGUUAUAUUUCCAAAGCUGUGUAAUAAUCUUCGAUUUGCUUGAAAACCAUGUAAAAUCUCAACUCCAAAUAAGGUU